AUGCCUAAAAGACAAAGGGAGUCAAAAGAAGAACGUUUAGAAAGGAAGUUGAACAAAUAUAAAAAGAAAUAUGAACGUUGUAAAAGACGUAAAGUCGAACAUUCAAAAGAUAAUAGAAACGAAAAUGAGGUUGGCGAUGUUGUGGAAAUUAUUGAAUCAGAAGAGAUUAUUCUUGAAAAUAUUGAACCAGGGGAGGAGGAGGAGGUAGAAAUAAUGGAAGUUAAAGAAGAACAGUUAGAAGAGGAUAUUAUAGAAGCCAUGGAUCCUCCAGUUAAUACUCAAUCUUCUCUUGGUCAACCAAUACACCCUGAAAUAUAUAAAAGAGUGGAAGGCAUUUUGAUGGAAGUUUUGAAUAAGGAAAAAAUUUAA